GGGCGGGGACUAGGGCUGGGCUGGGUUGGGCGGGGCAGGGAGUUCGUAGCCGCCUCUGGGUAACUCGACUCGGGCUGCCAAACCUCCAGAGGCCGGGGACGGCAGGCGGGCCCGCAGCGGAUCCUGGAACCGGAAUCUCCCGGGCAGGAGCGGAAUCUGUCCCGAACCGGGUCUGUGAGGAACUCGCAAACUUGGAUUAGGAAAUCCUGGAGCCCGGAUCGACAAACCCCGGCACCCGGAAUUAAGAUCGCCAAGUCCCGGAUCGCGGAGCACACAGCGCGGAGCGGACUCGACGCGGGGCCCGGAUUCCGGAUCGCGGCACCGCGGGACGGGACGGAGCGAUGUCGGGCCGAGGCGCGGGCGGGUUCCCGCUGCCCCCGCUGAGCCCUGGCGGCGGCGCGGUGGCCGCGGCCCUAGGAGCGCCGCCUCCUUCCGCGGGACCCGGCAUGCUGUCCGGACCGGUGCUUCGGGGACCAGGGCCGGCUGGAGGCGUGGGGGGCCCCGGGGCCGCCGCCUUCCGCCCCAUGGGCCCCGCGGGUCCCGCGGGCCCCGCGGCGCAGUACCAGCGACCUGGCAUGUCACCAGGGAACCGGAUGCCCAUGGCUGGGUUGCAGGUGGGACCCCCUGCUGGCUCCCCAUUUGGUGCAGCAGCUCCACUUCGACCUGGCAUGCCACCUACCAUGAUGGAUCCAUUCCGAAAACGUCUGCUUGUGCCCCAGGUGCAGCCCCCCAUGCCUGCCCAGCGCCGGGGGUUAAAGAGGAGGAAGAUGGCAGAUAAGGUUCUACCUCAGCGAAUCCGGGAGCUUGUCCCAGAGUCUCAGGCCUACAUGGAUCUCUUGGCUUUUGAGCGGAAGCUGGACCAGACCAUUGCUCGCAAACGAAUGGAGAUCCAGGAGGCCAUUAAAAAGCCUCUGACGCAAAAGCGAAAGCUUCGGAUCUACAUUUCCAACACAUUCAGUCCCAGCAAGACAGAAGGCGACAGUGCAGGAACUGCAGGAACCCCUGGGGGAACCCCAACAGGGGACAAGGUGGCUUCCUGGGAACUCCGAGUGGAAGGAAAACUGCUGGAUGAUCCUAGCAAACAGAAGAGGAAGUUUUCUUCAUUCUUUAAGAGCCUGGUCAUUGAGCUGGACAAGGAGCUGUAUGGGCCUGACAAUCACCUGGUGGAGUGGCACCGGAUGCCUACCACCCAGGAGACAGAUGGCUUCCAGGUAAAACGGCCUGGAGACCUCAAUGUCAAGUGCACCCUCCUGCUCAUGCUGGAUCAUCAGCCUCCCCAGUACAAAUUGGACCCCCGAUUGGCGAGGCUGCUGGGAGUGCACACGCAGACAAGGGCUGCCAUCAUGCAGGCCCUGUGGCUUUACAUCAAGCAUAACCAGCUGCAGGACGGGCACGAGCGGGAGUACAUCAACUGCAACCGCUAUUUCCGCCAGAUCUUCAGUUGUGGCCGACUCCGUUUCUCUGAGAUUCCCAUGAAGCUGGCGGGGUUGCUGCAGCACCCGGACCCCAUUGUCAUCAACCAUGUCAUUAGUGUGGACCCUAAUGACCAGAAGAAGACAGCCUGUUAUGACAUUGACGUGGAGGUGGACGACCCGCUGAAGGCCCAGAUGAGCAAUUUUCUGGCCUCUACCACCAAUCAGCAGGAGAUCGCCUCCCUUGAUGUCAAGAUCCAUGAGACCAUUGAGUCCAUCAACCAGCUGAAGACCCAGAGGGAUUUCAUGCUCAGCUUUAGCACAGACCCCCAGGACUUCAUCCAGGAAUGGCUUCGUUCCCAGCGCCGAGACCUCAAGAUCAUCACUGAUGUGAUUGGAAAUCCUGAGGAGGAGAGACGAGCUGCUUUCUACCACCAGCCCUGGGCCCAGGAAGCAGUAGGCAGGCACAUCUUUGCCAAGGUGCAGCAGCGAAGGCAGGAACUGGAACAGGUGCUAGGAAUUCGCCUGACCUAACUGCUCAGGGAUCUCUUCCUUUCUUCCCAGCCCUGGAGGGAGACCACCCUCUGGGUCCUUGCUGGGGCCUCAGACAUGUAGAUUGGGGUGAGGAGUGUCUGCUGUCACCCUCUACUCCGCAGCUUUAGUUUUAUAAAUGUAGUGAUAGGAUUCCUUGUUGCUUGGUCCCCAAAGCCUUAUUCUUUUUGCAUUGGCUUUAAUUGGGUUCAGCAGAUGCCUCCUCUGCCCCCUGCAGGCAGGCCCAAGUAGGACUGCUGGAGGCUGUGCUUUGUAACAAUUUUGGAACCAAAGGCUGCUGGGUUUGCAUGUUUACAGACAACUCCCUGAGGUGAGGGUCAGAGCUGGCUCUGGGGAGCUGGGCCAGGAAGAGGAGGUGCAGCCCAGACUCUUCCUAGCCUUUCUAAACCAAAGUUCUUUGCCAUUCCUACAAGCCCGGCCUUGCUGCUGGUUUUUUCCUUUCCUUUGGGUAUUUGCACUAUUUUGGGAGCAAGUUUUCUAUGUGGGAGCCACUUUUUUUGUACAGGGGAAAGUUGGGGGUUUUCAGGGAGCCCUGUUUGGUGCCUCCUUGUUUUCUUUCCUCAAUCUAUGCAAGCGGCUCUGGCCGCCAUCAUCUCCUGGGAUGCUAGAGGGCUGCCUCUCCAGUGGUGUGGGCCGUGGAGAGGAUACUCCAGUUCUCUAGCAUGGCCUGAGGUAUGGGUGUGUGCAUGGGGAGGCUGGGAGGAUUGGUGUUACCCCUUGGAGCUUGGUGAGGAGGAUGGGCCUAGGGGCUUGGUGAGUGCCACUUCUGGCAGGUUUGGAAAUUUCCAAAUAAAUCCUUUUGUCUAUUG